AUGGAAUCUCCCCAAGGUACAUAGAUAUCUCCAACAAGGGACACAAACAAAGAUAGAGAUCCUAAUGGUUUGUUCAUAUCUUAAUUUACACGAAAUGCAUGUAUGAGCCGGCCACACGGGGAUGAUUUCUAAAUAGUCAUAAUCAAAUUGAACCAUAUUCCAAGACAUGCAUAUCUAGUUUUAUUGGUUCGAUACUUAUCACACUUUCAAUGAAGACACACAUGAACUUCGUUAACAUCGCACUCCUUCUUGCUCUAAGCUGAGUUCUAUUAAUACGAAUUUCUCAUAAUGAUUCUCUCCUUUUGGCUUCGACAAUGAUUUUCUCUACUCUUGAGAAAGAGCACAAAACAUGAGGAAUCAACAACGGAAGAAACGAAGGGUGGAAGGAGAGGACUAUAUCAGCAAACUUCCCAACAGCAUUUUGUGCAAAAUUUUAUCUUCUCUCAAAGUCAAGGAAACUGUGAGCACCAGUGUUCUAUCAUCCAAAUGGAGGAACGUUUAUGCCAAUCUAACAAACCUUACAUUGGACGCAGAAAACAUGCUAAAGAGGGGUCACUCAGCGUCCAAUGUUUGGUUCAAAAACGAGGAGCAAAAGUUGGAAUUCAUAAGGAAGAGAGCUUCAGCCUUCGUGAGUAGUGUCAACAUGUACUUGUCACAUCUUGGACAAGUCCAAAAGAUUGUGAAGUUAAGAGUUUGCUUCACAUUUGGCCAUGAUGGGUACGGCUCCAGUGAUCUUGAUGAGUGGAUUCGUUUUGCCAUCGAGAGAAACGUGGAAGAGAUUGAUCUUUGCUUGUUGGAACACAAUUCUCCAAAUGAUGGCUCAUCACUCCAUGUUUUCCCUUGUGAUGUUGUUGCCAAUGAGGGUGCGUUGAGGUCAUACCUCAAGUGUCUUCGCUUGGCACAUUGUGUUCUUGCACCUAACAUGUACCAUAACAACAAUGGUUUUAGUACACUCACAACCAUGGAGCUCUUCAAAGUGGAUCUGAAAUCCGAAGUGCACAUUCAGGUUUUGUUGUCUGUAAGCACCAACCUUGAGUGGUUGGAAUUCUCCGAAUGUUACAACAUGGAAAAGCUGAGAAUAGAGCACCCCUUUUGCCAGAAGCUGAAGUACCUGAACGUGAAUCUUUGCCAUCAGUUGAAGGCACUUGAGAUCCAAAGCACUAGUUUGGAGACAUUGGAAUACAAGGGAAGCAAAAUUGAGUUUGCUUUUGAUGCUCCAAAACUUAAGACUUUCUUCAGUCCUGUAAGUGAUUCUACUGCUUGUCACAAGGAGCUUUGGCCAGUCCUCAGGCUUCCCAUUGAUCUUCCCCAGCUGGAAACAUUGAUCAUGGAAUGCGGCUGUAACAUGGGGGAGGUAAUGGCAAUCAGAUUACCCACAUAUAAAUUUUCGUGCUUGAGGCAUCUAGAAGUUAUUAAAGUGGCAACAGAUCAACAAGACUUCUGGUGGGUAGCCAGUAUUCUGGAAUCAUGCCCUAUACUUGGAAGACUAGAGUUGCAUCUUCGGACCUAUUCAUGUAUUCACAAAUACUUAAGGAAAAGAGGUUGGCCUCCCACAUGCCAACACAAUCAUCUGAAAGAAGUUGUAAUAACUGGCAUAAGUGGUUACUCAAGUGAAAUAAAAAUUGCAAAAUAUCUUCUAAAGAAUGCCAUUGCACUUGAGAAAAUGACAAUUGACCCACGUCCAAAAUGUUACCUAGGGAAGGGUAAAUGGGAUCACUCACAAGGUUCUCAUGAGAAUGGGACCCACAUCCAAAAUUUGAGGCAAAAGGUUCAUGACCUUCUAAAGAAAGAACUAGCUAAUUCAGCAGUGGAAUUGUUGAUCAAGUAAGCAGAAAGUGAUGAAAGGAAUCACGUUUAGCAAACGUGCAAAUUAAGCUAAAAGGUAUCAAGUAAUCAACAAGGAAGAAUGUGAAGAGAAAGUAAUAAAGGUAUCGUAGCUAAAAGGGAACUUAGAUUAUAAUAAGAAUAAUAGUAAUAUAUAUGUAAAACUAGCUAUUAUGAAAUAAGGAAUGGUGAAAUGUAAAAUGUAAAAUGACAAUGCUGGACCUCGGAUCGAGUUCAUGUUGAACAGACGAGAGUUUCCCCAAGCACUUCAAUGAAAUGAAAUACAGUUCCUUCUUGGCUUUCAAUGUGCACACAAAUAGCAUUACUUGUAAUGAAAUGAAUUUGGUUGGUACUUGGUAUUUGGUAUUUAGUGUUAGUUGUGCCUAAAAGUUCCCCCAAACACUUCACUUGUGUGAUCAGGACUAUUAAUAUUCUAUAUAUCUAGUUAACUAGCCCCACCUGUGAAGCGUUCAGAGGAACUCCAAGAGACAACCAAC